AUGAAGCCAUUAAUGGAAUGCGAUCAAAAAUUAAGGUAUUUGUAUUAUUUUGGAUUAGCGAUUAGUUUUCAUUCAUUAGAAUCAGUGAUAAAAUUGUUAAGACAAUUAAUUAUAUUAAAUAAUUGUCUAAUUAAAGAUUCCAUAAAUAGUAGGAAUAAUAAUGUAGUCAUUAAUAAAGAAAUUAAUUACCUUAAGUAUCGUUGUCUGAUAUCUAAGAUGAAUAAUUAAAUAAUUAAUUCGUUGACAAAAUAACAUUUUUAAUGUAGUCUUCUAUUGAAAAUCAAGUAAAAUUCAAUAAGGAAUGUUUAAAUUAGUAACUGGAAAUGUAAAGUGCUCAAUAUUAAUUAUAAAAUGAAAAGGAGAAGAUAAAAACAAAAAAACUGGAAGAAAAAAUUAAAGCAAAGGAUUUAUAAUUAGAAUAAAAAAAUAAAGAAAUUCAAUCAUAAUAGAAAUUAAUUAAUGAAUUGAAGAAUUAAAGUAUAAAAAAUAUUAAGGAAAAAAAAAAAUUAGAAGAAACAAUUAGAGCUAAGGAUUUGUAAUUAUAAUCUUAGAAUUUAUAGAUUCAAUAACUUAAGUAAAUUUAAACUUAAUAACCAAUUAUUCAAUCAUCUUCUUAAUUAAUACUAAAACCAUUCACUUAUAAUAUAAUACACAAUAAUUCAAUAAAAUAAAAUGAUUGGUGUUAUGCAAUAGCUAUUAAUAAAGAUUGUUCAAUUGUAUUAGCUGGAUGUAAUAGUGAAAUUAAAGUAUUUGAAUUCAAAUAAGAAGUGUUGAAAAAAACUCAACUUCUAAUUGAACAUUAAGAUGAUGUAAAUACUUUAAACUUUAUGAAUAAAUCUAAUCACUUUAUAUCUGGAAGUGAUGAUAAAUCAAUUAUAAUAUGGUCUAUGAAUUAAAGAAAUUAAUGGAUUUGCUAAUAGAAAUUAAAUGGACAUAAUAAUUCAAUAUAUUGUUUAGUGUUGAAUAAUAAUACUGAAGAUUUGAUCAUUUCAGGUAGUAGGGAUAAAACUAUUAAAUUUUGGAAGAAGUAGAAUCAAUGGUUAUGUUAAUAAACUAUCACAGAUCAUACUAAUAAUGUAUUAGGAUUAAGUUUGAAUUAACAAUAGAAUAAAGUGAUUUCAUGUGGUGAUGAUAAAUAAAUAUUAAUAAUAGAACAAUCAUAAUAGGAUUCUAAAUGGAUUGUAAUCUAAAAGAUAAUGGUUGAAACAUAUGGUUAUAGAAUAUGCUUUAUAAAUGAUAAUUUAUUCACUUUUUAACCAUUUGGGAUAGAAUAAAUGCAUGUUUAUGAAAUGAAUAAUAAUAAUAAAUAGUAUUUAAAGACUAAAGAUAUUCUUGGUAAAGGUGGAUAUGAUUCAUUUUUAUUUCCUUAAUAGCAUAUAAAAUCAAAAUACCUGCUUGUAAAUAAGAUUGGCAAGUAUGUGAAUUUGAUAAGGACAAAGGAUAAUUGUGAGUUUAAAGCUGAAUAAUACAUUGAAUAUAAAAGUUCUGCUAUAUAUGGAUGUAUGAGUGAUGAUGCUUAGUAUUUAAUAACUUGGGAUAAUGGUUCAUAUGAAAUUCAGAUUAGAAAAUAUAAUGAAAUAUGA